AUGGCGCACGCGACGCUUCUCCGCUCCCUGCGGCCCGCCGUCGCCCCCCGACCCUCGAUAUGGCGCCCGCUGUGCCGCCGGUAUGUCCACCCCGGCGAGUUCCAACCGUUCGUACCACCAUCUCCGAGCUCUCUGGGGAAGCCUAGAGCAGCAAAGACGUACCCGCGGACCCGCAAAUGGCUGCGACGACUGGUUUACUUCUCGCUCGCCACGGGUGUCGUCUACGGCAUCGACACGCAGUUCUACGCCUCAUCGCUGACCCGAACCACCCGGACCUUCUCGCUCGGUCUCCUCGUCGCCUUGGACUACAAAAUCAAUUUCAGCCCCAACCCGCCGCUGGCCAGCUCCAUUGCCGCCGUGCACGCCCGCAACGCCGAGCGGCUGUCGGACCUGCUGCGGCAUAAUGGCGGCCUCUACCUGAAGAUGGGCCAGGCGAUCGCCAUGCAGUCGGCGAUUCUGCCGCCUGAGUUUCAGCAGAUGUUCUCGCGCAUGUUUGAUGAUGCGCCGCAGAACGACUGGAAGGAUGUCGCGAAGGUCAUUCGCGACGACUUUGGCAAGUCGCCCGAAGAGGUCUUUGGGGUCUCGUUUGCGGGGGAUUCGGAUAAGGGUGUGAUGGAGCGCCGUGCUCGAGCUAGUGCCAGUGUGGCUCAGGUGCAUUGGGCUCGUCUGCAGGAUGGCAGAGAGGUGGCUAUCAAGAUCCAGAAGCGCGAGAUUGCGCAACAACUUGUGUGGGAUUUGUGGGCGUUCAAAGUCGUGACUUGGAUCUACAGCAAGCUGUUCGACAUUCCCUUCUACAGUCUGGUGCCUUACGUGAGCGAAAGGCUGUCGCUGGAGACGGACUUUGAAAACGAAGCGAGCAACUCGGAGAAAAUGGCCCAGCUGGUGGCCGGAGAAUCGCGCCUGCGUGACCGGGUGUACAUUCCUCGGGUAUACCGCGAACUGAGCUCGAAACGUGUCAUGACCGCAGAAUGGAUAGAAGGCGUCCGACUUUGGGAUAAGGACUCGAUCACGCGAGGCUGGCGUGGCGGCUGGCGCCAGGGCAGUCCCGGCUGCCACGGGACACCACUGGACCCGCGAAAUAGCACGGCGGCGGCACGCACCCCACAGACGGCACAGUUCAAGCCUGAGCGAAAUCACUGGCGGGGCUAUAACAACCGCGGUGGACUGGGACUGUCGCUAAAGGAUGUAAUGACCACCAUGGUGGACUUGUUCUCGGCGCAGAUGUUCCUGUGGGGAUGGGUACACUGCGACCCGCACCCGGGCAACAUCUUCAUCCGACGCAAGCCAUCCGGGCAGCCAGAGCUCGUGCUGAUCGACCACGGGCUGUACAUCCACAUGGAGCCCGGGUUCCGGCACCAGUACGCGCGGUUCUGGAAAGCCCUGCUCACCUUCGACAACCAAACCCUGAACGAGAUCGGGCGGAGCUGGGGCGUGAACAACUCCGAUAUCUUCGCGUCCGCAACCCUGAUGCGCCCCUACCGCGGCGGCGACCUGUCGACACGCCGCCACAUCGCGGGUCUCAGCAAGUCCGAGCGCGCCCAGCGCCACUACGAGAUGCAGCAGGCGGCACGCAAGGCCAUCCGCGAGAUCCUCGGCGACGAGACCAAGUGGCCGCGCGAGCUGAUCUUCAUCGGCCGCAACCUGCGCAUCGUCCAGGCCAAUAACCAGUUCCUGGGCUCGCCGGUCAACCGCGUUAAGAUUACCGGCAUUUGGGCCUCGCGCGCUCUCGUCGAAUCGCCCGAUCUGCCUCUGGCCGAGAAGAUCCGCAAUCUGGGUCGUCAUAUUGUCUUCCGCGUGGUGUUGUUCACCAGCGAUAUCUUCUUCUACUUCACCAAGGUGCGCCAGUUCCUGCAUUUGGGUGGCGGUAUGGAGGAUGAUAUCGAGGCCCAGAUGCAGGGUAUGGCCAAGGACAUGGGGGUUGAAUUGAAUCAGAACGUGUUUGAGGGAUAG